AUGGGCACCGGGAUCGUCUCGGUCUUGAUGAACUUGAUCCCCUUUCAUACGCCAGUUCUGCACUAUCUAUCAAUCGUCUUCUUCGUGCUAAACGUCGCCAUCUUUGCACUAGCCUCGGUCACGUCGAUUCUGCGAUACACAUUAUAUCCCGAGAUCUGGCGGGUCAUGAUCCAGGAUCCAACAAAUUCGUUGUUUCUGGCAACAGUACCCAUGGGCUUCGCGACACUCAUCGAUAUGUGGGUCUUGGUCUGUGUUCCGCGCUGGGGAGAAUGGGCCGCGUCCUUUGCGUGGGCUUUGUGGAUGGUGGACGUGGUAGCCGCUGCCUCGGUGACCCUUUCCCUCUCUUUCAUUCUAAUUUCUCAACGCUACAUUACCUCCCUGGACCGGAUUACUGCCCUGCAAUUAUUGCCCAUUGCCGCGACGAUUGUGGCGGCGGGUGCAGGUGCCGAGGUAGCUAGCAUCCUGCCCAACAAACAACAUGCAUUGGGCACGCUUCUUGUAUCCUUCAUCCUCUGGGGUAUGGGUACCCCUCUGGCAAUAGUCGUGCUGGUGAUGUACUAUCAGCGACUGGCAGUCCACAAAUUGCCUCCGCGAGAGACUAUUGUCAGCUGUUUUCUGCCACUUGGGCCCCUGGGGUUUGGCGGCUUCGGCAUCGUCUAUAUUGGAAAGGUCGCUCGAGAUCUUCUACAGGGUUCCGACAUCCUCGAUCCCAUUGCAGGUCAGAUGGCCUAUGUUCUGGGCGUAUUCAUCUCACUACUUAUGUGGAGUUUUGGCUUGAUCUGGCUUGUUUUCGCACUCGCGACCGUUCUGUAUAGUUCUCCCUUUCCUUUCAAUAUGGGCUGGUGGGGGUUUACCUUUCCGCUCGGUGUUUACGCCGCCAACACUAUCGAGUUGGGAGUCGAAUUAAAUCUUAUGUUCUUCAAGGUCUUUGGAACGGUCUUAAGUGCCGCUGUUCUGCUGCUAUGGGCACUGGUCGUUUCGCGAACGGCGAUGGGGGCAUGGCAUGGCAACCUGUUCUUUGCGCCAUGUCUGCAGAACUUGACUCUAAAGGAGGAUGAGAACAAUCCAGAAAGCGAUCGGCUUCGAGCAUAG